AUGUCCUACCGCAAAAACCGCAAGCGGCGUCGCUCUCAAGCGUUUCCAGAAGACGAGGCGAACGUGAUAGAGCAACUUCCAGUGGUCGAGGUUGCGCCAGAACAAGAACAGGAGCCACGUGGCCCCGAAGAUGCUGUGGAUGCUGCGGACGCGACAUCCGACAAGGAACGCGAGGUAUGGGACGCGUUCAAGGAGGAGAACUACGAAGUGCUCGAGCAACUUCCCCUAUCUCUACAGCGUUCGUUUACGUUGAUGCUUGAACUGGACCAGCAAGUGCACGAUUACGAGGCGCAUAUAUUGCCCAGUCUGAGAAAAUAUAUCGAGCUCCGAACGGGUCUGGAGGGUAAAUUCGAUGCGGUGCAGGAGCAGCAGCAACAGAAUGCCGGCGAGCUCGCUGGUGCCUCCGGAGAACCUGAUGUUGAAAUGAGUAGACCAUUGCCGCCGCCAAGCACUCCAGGUCCCUCAUCGGGGAAGAGCGCCGUCACCACCUCUCCAGUCACGAAUGCGACCUUCAGUCACCUAACCAGAAGCUCGGAGAGGCCAAGUACAACGCGAGGGCUGCUCACACAAGUUGCACAGCUCUCUGAGGAAGUCGUACGCGCGUCGAACGAGAAAGUAAACGUUGCUCGCUUUGCGUAUGACCUGGUGGACAGAUAUAUCCGCGAUCUUGAUCGAGCUAUCAAGGAGCAAGAAACAUCGAUUUCUCUCGGUCUACGGCCAGGAACGCAUCCUGCGUCGAUCAUCCUCCCGGAUGUAGUCGUACCUGCGACACGUUCCAUCCGCAUCACACAUAGUCCAUCCCUGGAAAUUGACAUUGAAUCGAUGCACGGCGUCGAGCCCGCAGAAACGGGCGGGCUGAACCUUGGUAUUCCCCCUCCCGAACAUGUCGCUGAGGCAGUGGCUCCGCCGGCCCCUGUACGCCCUCGCAGAAGGGGGAAGCCGAAGUGGUCUCGGAAGAAAUCUUCAAAGCCUACUACCGAGAACGCUGCUGACGCCGAAGAGCCUGCGGCGUCGAAGAAGCAGACGCUCACGCUCACUGUCCCGCCUUUGGCAUCGGUGGCGCUCGAUGCGGUCGACAUGCCCGUAGAUCCGAACGAGCCACGAUAUUGCUACUGCAAUCAAGUAUCGUUUGGCGAGAUGAUUGCUUGCGACAAUCCAGGAUGCAAACUAGAAUGGUUCCACCUUGGCUGUGCAGGACUCACGCAAGCUCCAGAGGGGAACACGAAGUGGUAUUGUCGGGACUGCGAGAAGCUCAUAGCACCGCGACGAAAGACACGGCAGCGUUGA